GUGUGAAGGGAGAUAAGAAAGAAAGUAGAGAAACUAACAAGUUAGCAUUGGCGCUGGGACAUUAAUGUAUGUUUAGCCAAGUUGGUUGGUGCAAGACAGAUUUAUGACAUAGUGUUACAGAGGCAACUGAUAUUGGAUUGUCUAAUAAAUGACCAAUAAAUCUCAUCCUUCUCUCGCUCUAACUAAGAGUCAUAUCAGACGUAACUCUGUUACAUUUUCCACAGAUAACUGCUGAAUUUCUCCGGCACUUUAUUUUUAUUUCAAAGAUUUGCCUUAGAAAAGCUGAGGGUUAAAUUUCCAUAAAGACCUUGGAAUUGCGAACGGUUUUAGCAGAGGAUUACUAUAGGAUUCAGCCAGAUCUGGCUAGAAACAUUCAAAAUGCAUUCUUGUUACUCGCUAUCUCCCCUUUCAUCUUCUUUCGAUUGUUCAUAUUGUAUUUCCAAUGUCAAUGAAGGGAUAAAUCUGCCGGUUACUUUACCAAAUAUAUCACAGGAAAAUAUGCGUAAUGAAUAAUGCUUUCCACUUUUGUUUUACCUUUAUCUCCUGAUAAGAGCGUAAUUUAUUGUCUCAUUUAUAACGCUUUAUUUCUUCCGAUUUGGAAAACGUCUCGGAAUUUCAGGGCUUUUCCUAACAUCGGUACGCCUCCACACAUCAGGAGAAGGUCAACAGGAAAAGAUCUGUCACGUUAAGCACGAACUGUUUAUGCUAAACUGACAAAUCUGUAGUUCAUAUAAGGGUUGGCAUCAGUGCUUCACCGAAGGGGGGUGGGGGGCGCUGGAACAAAUUGAAGCUGCACAAUCGUGUUAUUUGAUACUGUUUUUUUUCCGGCUUUUAAAUAGAAUGUACCUUUUGUUUUGUCUUUUACCAUUUUGCAGUUAGCCGUUUAGGGUAACAACACGACUUUAUUUUUGUACAUUCUGGUAUGUCUGGGUCGUUCUUCCAAUUUAAUUGUCAUUCAACAUCGUAUGCAGUUUUAGAAGGAGCUCUCAUGUGCAAAGCAUAGAAUCGCUGGCCUUAUUCCUCCCGGAACGUGCCAGCAACCAGAUCCAGAAUGUUUAAAUCAUAAUUGUCUGGUAGAUAUUUUCCAUACAGCAGUUCUUCAAAAUCUUAUGUUUAAUAAAAUUAUACUAAAAAUGCUGCGAUUGUUUAAGAAUUAACCAAUUUUCAGUUUUUACGGAUUAAUAAUGUUACUGAUCUCAUUCCUGAAGCAGAGUUUCGAUGUCGCGAGCGCCUCCUGUUGGAGGCUAAAUGGCAACAAGAAGCAGCAACAUUGCAGAUGGCGACUUUGUUCACCGUUCGGAUUCGGGAUUCAGCUUGUUCGCAAAGUGGCUAACAAGCUUCCUUUAAACUAACGCCAACUGCAAAAGAGGUGGUGACUUGUGUUCGUUUUAAUAUCUGAUUCAGGAGGAAAAAGCCAUCUACACUAAUUUAACAAAAAUAAAUGGAAUCGGUUUAACUUGAGCUUUCAAGGUUGGAAAACGGAUUGUCUAACAGACGUACAGCACUCGGAAGAGAAAAUGCCAUUUGUCAUCUAAACUUCACAUUACCCAGAGACUACUGAGCGAAGUGAAAUUAUUUUUGGCUUAUUUUAAAAAGCGACUUAAAUUCAGAAACUCCACUGAAUAUCGGUUUCUUUUGACAGCCUACACGUUUCAUAAAAAAAGUACCGGUUGACGUGAUAAUUUGCAUUAGUGGGAAAUUUGAAAAUUAGUGGAUAUUCACGAGACCCUGUCAGAAAACAAGAACACGACACCAUAUAUUUCCCAGAGAUCGAAUUUAUUAUCUUGUGUUUAAUUCUAAACAAAAACAAAAGAAAAUGCUGGAAAAGCUCAACAGGUCUGACCGCAUCUGUGGAGAGAAAUCAGCUGUAAUGUGCGCGUCGAAUGACCCUUAGAAAUUCUAAGUUUUUUUCUUGUACGGGAGCAAGAGUACUGGCAAAUAAAAAUGUUUAAUCAUGAAACGCACAAAUGAGAUAUGCAUCAAAUGGAUUAUUGGAAACCAAUGAAGACACCAGAGUGUAAAUAAAUACAGAAAGUAUUAAAAUUAGUGGGAUGUGUGGUGCAUCAUGCCUUCAUAAUUAAAAUCUAGUUAAGUCUUUAUUUAAAGUUUCGCUUCUGAAAUUCGUGGACGUAUGCUUAUUAUUUAUAUUCAGAAGGUAUCUUAGUAUCUUUACAUUUUCCACUCACAUUCACCUGCACAUGUUCUCACCACGUUUCUCUCCGUGAUAGUAGUGACAAUCUUUAUUUUUGCUCAACAACAUCUUGUUAUUAAAAAUGUUAUCUCCGUUUUUAAAUUUCUCCCCGGUCUUAUCCUCCUUUAUCUUUGAAACCUUCUCCGUCCCCAUAGUUCUCAGAUAUCUUCACUCAUUCAAGACUCUUGAGCAUUCGCUGCCACAUGGCCAGCAAUUUAGCUUCAGAGAUCCCAGGCUCUGAAAUCCUCUGCUCAGAACUUUGUGUUUCUUCCAGCUUGUUUUGCCCGUUAAGAUGAGUCUUCAAACCUACCUCUGUGACCAAACACCUGACCUAAAGGUCAAGAUUUAUGGGUCACAAACGUAGAGGAUCUGAUCUUUAUUGAGUGUCUGGAAGGGUUAAAUAACAUUCGCCUAAUUCUAAAUUUCUGUAUCGACUUACUAAAUUAGUUUAUAAUGCUCCGGUGAUACCCUUGGAGAUAUAUUUAUAUAUCACCUUUAAUUACAUAAGUAAUACAAACAGAAAAUACCGGACUAAAUAAGUCAGACAGCAUCUGUAAAGAUGGGGUUUUUUUUUGCGGCUGGGAUUAAAUGAUCCAGAACAACAUAAAUAUUUGAUUUGUCACUUUGAAAUUGAACUAAUUCAAAUAUAUGGUAUUUUGCACGUUAUGUUGCUGGAUGAGCAAUGGCAUUCAAACAUAUUCUUGAUGCCCUCAGCUGAAUUUAAGGCACUCUUUGAAACAUGCACAUUGUAUGACGAAAACAAUCUUAGAAAGUAUUUAAAUGGAAAGAAAACAAAAAUUCUUAAUGGUUUCCAGCGAAAGAUUUACAGCAACGCCAUUUUUCAGCCGUACUAACAGUUUUGAACUAGUCUUGCCCUCGUCUUCAUGUCGCACCGCCUUUUUUCUUUGCCAUUUGAUAGACUGAGGCAUGUCCGCCGGCUCGCUGUUCUCUAUGUUGGAGUGGUUCUGUUUCUCCUCCCUCUUCGCGUAUUCCCGCCCACUCUGGAGUUCAGACGUCUCUACUAGCAGCAGUUUUCAAAUGUUUCAUACGAGUGCUUUAAACUGAAGUUAACUUUUGAUUCAAGAGAAAAAAAGGUUCAAAAGGAACGAAGUAAAAACCAAAGCUGUUUUUUUUGAUAUUGUGUGAUUCUGCAGUUCUCCAUGCCGUGGCUAUGGUGAAGUGGCUGUGAGGGUGUUAAAGCACGGCUCUUGUGGCGGUACCGAGUAUCCGUGAGGUGUCUGUCUUGGCGCUCCUCUUUUACCCAGGGACAUUGGUUUGGGCUCCAUCAUGGCGGGGUGCUGUCUAUCCGAGGAGGAUAAAGAGUCUCAGCGGAUUAAUGCCGAAAUUGAGAGGCAACUGAGGAGGGACAAGAGAGACGCUCGAAGGGAACUCAAACUGCUGCUGCUGGGGACUGGUGAAAGUGGCAAAAGCACAUUCAUCAAGCAAAUGAGAAUCAUCCAUGGUGAUGGCUAUUCCGAUGAAGACAGAAAGAACUUCACAAAGCUCGUAUUUCAGAACAUUUUCACUGCAAUGCAAGCAAUGAUAAGAGCUAUGGACACACUCCGUGUACAAUACAAGAAUGAACAAAACAUGGACAAUGCAAAUAUGGUCCGAGAAGUGGAGGUAGAUAAAGUAGUCACGUUUGAGCAAAAAUAUGUUGAAGCAAUAAAGAAAUUAUGGAGUGAUCCUGGCAUCCAGGAGUGUUACGACAGACGUCGAGAGUAUCAGUUGUCUGAUUCUGCCAAAUACUAUCUUAGUGACGUAGACCGCAUUAGUUCACCAAUAUAUAUACCAACUCAGCAAGACAUACUGCGUGUCAGGGUACCAACAACUGGAAUAAUUGAAUAUCCUUUUGAUUUGGAGAACAUAAUCUUCAGGAUGGUGGAUGUUGGAGGUCAGAGAUCUGAACGAAGAAAAUGGAUUCAUUGUUUUGAGAAUGUCACCUCAAUCAUUUUCUUAGUUGCACUAAGUGAAUAUGAUCAGGUUCUGGCUGAAUGUGAUAAUGAGAAUCGGAUGGAGGAGAGCAAGGCAUUAUUUAAGACAAUUAUCACCUAUCCCUGGUUUCAUAGUUCCUCAGUCAUUCUCUUCCUAAACAAGAAGGAUCUUCUGGAAGAAAAAAUCAUGUAUUCUCAUUUAGUCGAUUAUUUUCCAGAAUAUAAUGGUCCUCAACAAGAUCCCACAGCUGCUUGUGAUUUCAUCUUGAAAACUUAUCAAAAUCAGAAUCCAGAUAAAGAAAAGGUCAUCUACUCUCACUUCACAUGUGCCACAGACACCGAGAAUAUACGGUUUGUCUUUGCUGCUGUCAAGGACACUAUCUUACAGCUAAACCUGAAGGAAUUUAACCUGGUAUAAAGGACAGACCAGCAGCAAGAACCAGCUUCACAUCACUCGAUACUUUUUGUCAAGCUGUCUGCUUUUACUUGACAACUCUGUUGUACUUUAUCUGUAAGCUACACUUAGGAAUUUGUGUCCAGUUUUAAAGCGAGCUUGGUAUUGACACUGCAGAUACAUCACUUCUGUGUUCUAUUCAGAAUUUUUCAUUCACAGUUUUUCUAUUUGCAAAAAAAAAGCUGCGGUUUUCUACACAUUUCUGAAAAAGGAUUUGCACAGAUGUUUAAAGCUUUAACUGAGGUGUUUUUAUAAUAAAAAUUGCUGGGAAUUGGGUCAUGUUGAAAUGGACCUAAAUGUUUUCCAAAGGUGGUUGUUUUACAACUUUUGUAAUAGUAACUGCUCCCAAAUCUAGUUUUACAUAUCUCUGUGUCAAAAGUAUAUGUGGCAUUCCAAGAAUCCAGAGGUUUACUGAAUGCAAACAUUAUCGAUAAUAAAGGGUACAAAAUAACUUUUUGAUUCCCAUGAUGACUACUGGAUGGGUUGCAUUUAACAUGCAGAGGAAUUUUAAUUGAGAGUAAACGGUGUACAAAACAAAUACUUUGAUUUCCUUUGAGAUUUAUUCUGAUUUGAUCCAUUUAGAAUCGUAGCAUAGAUUAACUACAGAUGUUUUCAAUAGUUAAAAUACUGACAUUAAUUAUUGCUUUUAAUGACAGCAAUGUAGAAUAAACAUAUUAUGAAUAUUGAAUGAGUUGCAAAAUAUAAUAAAAACAGGAAAGGAAUUUUAAGUAUUAGCACAACAGAUUCCAGAAUGAUUCUUGUUGGGCUAGUGUAAAAUGUUUUUAUUCAAGCUAUUAAAACAUAAGUUGCUCAUUCCAUUUGUGAACAAUGAAAUGCUUACAAGUUUAAAUUGUAGAAAAAUUCCAGUCUGCUUCGAUGUUUGUGCUUUCAUAGACUUGCAAAGGAUAGGUGGAUCCACUCCACAGGAUUUUAUUUAUUCUAUUAUUAUUACCAUCGAAAUUAUACCUAGGUACAUCAUGUUUAAAUGCUUACAGACAACUGUAAAUAUGUAUUCUAUAUAUAUUGCAUCUUUUCUAGCUUUGAAAAUUAUUUAUCUUGGUCAAAAAGGGAUAUUAUUUGUUGGAAUAAUGUAGUAUCAAUAAUUGUAAAAGACUGUACAGGUGUUUCGACAUUUUGGAGAGUUAGGUAAGUAAUCACUUGUUUUGAAGUUGAGAUAUAAUUUGUAAUGCACAAUUCUGCUAUAUAAUUGCAUUUUGAUUUUAAAGCUUUUCUCACUGAUAUAUUUUAUGAACAGUUAAAGAUUAUAAGAAUUUUUAAAGACCAAUACUCUUACCUUUGAGUUUUUACACAUUAUGCAAUAGGUAAUUGUCUUUGAAUGUUAAAAUACCGUGCCUUGAAUUUGAACAUCAUUUAUAUAAAGGCUUGCUUUUGCUGUGAUAUCCCUUCUGAAUAUGACAGGAGUGAUGCAUCUGAGUGAAGUCAGUCUGCAAUGUUAGCCACUUUUGUCAUUAGUGCUUUCUGUAAUGUUACAUUCCUAAGAAUUGGAUGCCAGCUGCAUAAUCCUUGUGGGGUUAGAGUGUGUGGUGGUGGAAAAACAUAGCAGGUCAGGAAGCAUCAGGAAUCCCAAUCAAGGGCUUAUGCCUGAAACUUCGA